AUGACUUCACCCAGGUGCCAAGCAGAUGUGUGUUGCGCCUUGGAUGGUUGUUUGACAAGAGCCGACGCAACUUCCAUUUGUUGGCUCAACACGGUCGGCGCACCUGCCCUGAAAGCUUCACGCCCUCUUCUUCUGAACUGACUCCGUCAUUUGGAACGAUGGUUUUCAAUUAUAUUUUUCUGCUUCUUCUGGUCUUCGAGUUUAGUUCAGCGGCAAUAAUUCGACAACCUCCUUCACAGGUCUGUUUUAAAAUUUGUCAAGUUACAGCAUUUACUAACCCCAAAAAAAAAGAAGUUUCAAUUUUCUUUUUUUCAACAAAGAAACUUUUACUCAUAGAGAUCGGGGUCAAAAGAAAUAUUUUUGGGUCCGAAACUCAAUCUUUUUCUUUCGAAAUGCAAGACUUCAAGGUGAAAAAUAGUAACUAUUUUGAGCUUGUUCAACUCCUUACUCGUUCAGAUGGAUCCUGAACUUCUGGACGAACUUCUAGCCAACAUCGUCGCGACGAGCAUGGAUGAUCUCCGGUCGCGACUUCAGGAAGCCUUAUUCGCAGCCGCAUUCCGUCGAAGAUUCGCAGCGACGACGGCGACACCUUCCAAGGACUCGCAAAUCCUCGACAAGCUUAUCGAUCAGCUUCUGAAGCCAGGUUUAUUUGAAACUUCCCUGGGCUUUGUAUAAACUGAAAGUUGAAAUGAAUUUUCGCCUCUGGAAAAGGUUUACGUCACUGAAUUCAUCUAGCUUGAUCUACUGAAUAUUCUUCUUGAAGCUGAUUACGAAUUCUCUGUUCAAAAGAUUCCAAAUGGGUCUCGAACCACUUUAAGAGGCCAUAACUUUUUUCACAAACCUCUUCGGCAUUCCCUGAGCAUAUUAUCGAUAUAAUUUGAAAAUUCGCAGAUUCCAGUGUCAUUAGGAAGUCCUAUUGAGAGUUUGACCAGUCCGAAAAGAGUAGAAAGACCUGUUUUUGGUUAAGCUACCACCAAAAAACUAAGCUUUUCCAGCAACGCCAUCCCCGUCUCACACCAUGUCCGUGGCCCUGGAGACGUUCACGACAAGUCCUGUCGAACGGUCAGCCUUUCCGCGGCUGGUCACCGCCGGAGAGCUCCGACUUCUGGACGACGCCGAUCUUCAUGUCGAACAGGUCAGUCUGAGCCCAUGUAAGGGACGUCAUUGGGGAUUCGGGGAUUCUCCGAAAACUCAACUUGCACAGAGUCUUCGAGAAAAGACUCCUGAAAGUCAAAGAAACUCACCGAAGGGCUUUUUUGAAAGUUCUCGAAAAAUGAGGAGUUAGGCAGGCUGAGGCUUUCAGGGUCUUAAUCUCGUAUUUAAAGAGUAACCUGACCAAAUUUCAGAAAGUUCCAGAGUGGAAUAACCUUUCUGGUUGAUCAAAACUAUCUCCAACCUUCAGAAAGAGCAGAACUCGACGGUCGCAUGGACAAACGCAGCGUUCCGGACGAUCAGCCGAGUUCCGACUCCGCUUCUCGUCGCCCUGGCCCUUCUGGCGAUCUUCACGGUGGUGACGGCGGUGGCGGCUCUAGUUGCAGCCAGAAUACGACGCCGUCAGAAGUUCGACUCGGCUCGUCGCUCCCAUUUCAGAAGACGUCACAUGAUGCCGGAUCCGAUGACGGUGGCAGGUACCUUCAAGGCUUAACAAAAAAGUCAAAAAAAAAAAUAGAAGGAGAAACGCUUCAAAUUUCUGUUCUUUUUUCGAGACUGGACUUUCCUGAAGAACAUCUUCUGAUAACACGCCCUAAAGUGGUAGAACUAGUAAAUGGUUUUUUCUAGGCCUUUGCAACGCCGAAUGCGGGAGUACGGCUUCGCUGGCCGCCCUGCGGUCGACCGGCGGGAUUUCCUUGGAGCAGCAGGAUCGGGCCACUUCUGUCGUCUGGACCAACCAACGGCACAUCUAA